AUGGGAGAGUGGCAGGAGAAAUGAUGGAAAGAUGAGGCGAGUGGGGAGAGGUGAGCCAUAACAGAGGGGAGGAGGAGUGCAGGUCAGCUUGUAUUCUGGUGGAAGUGGUUCAGACCUCCUGUGCUCCCAGUCAAAGCUUCCUCUGUUAGGCCGGAGCUAUGAUGUUUCCCCUGAGGCCUGGGUCCUGGAAGUGGGCUGGUAGAGCAAAUAUACAGAGAGGAGGUGCUUACGCUCGCCACACUAACACCUUCACAUAUGUAUACUUGCACGAGUUUCAAAAGAAUACACACACACACAAACACAAUUAUACGCUAACACUAAAAGAGCUGUACAUGCGGCUAUCCGCAACACCUUCACACCUUUAGGAGGACACUGACGUAGAGGCUGGUUUUGUUUAAUUUGUAGAGAAGAAACCUCCAAGAUCAUGAGAGGAUUUUUGGAGUUUAGGACACUUUGAAUAUAAAGAUUUUUAAUCUUCAAACAAGUAGUCACAAGUUGGAGUUCUCUUGAUUUCUUGGUUGUGUUGUGAGACAAAUUGGUGGAAAAGUACCAAUUAGUUGAGCCUUCUUAUGAAGUAGUAUAAAUGGGCUUCCACUGGGGAUUUAAAACACACACAAAGGGCUUAUGGACAGAACAAAAAGAAAUCCCAGCAACAGCAGAAAAGUAGCAACACAUUGAAAACACAAAAACACAAAAAAGCUCAACUUCAGAAAUGAACGAUACUGACUCCCAAAAGAACAUAUAUAAGAAAUGGACAUGGCAGCCCUCCAGAAAUGUGUCAGUCUCAUCAUACUAAUGUGUUUCAGCGUAAUCCAUCAUCACACCAUCAUACACAACAUGACCAGCCAAGUUUUUGAACUGCUUGCGACUGUGAGGGUUGCUGAGCAAAUAAAUUAAUUACAGCAUGGUUGAUGAAUACAACAUGCUGUAAUUGUAACACGUAUAAGCCACAUCAGUAAGGAGCAUCCAUCAAAAUGACAAGACGUACACACACACACACACAUACGUUUAUACACACACAUGGCUGGUCUCCUGUCCUGGCGUGUCAAGAGGCCAUUGACCUCCACUGAGUUCCACUUCCUGUGUUCCUCCCACCAGAGUCCCAAGAGGGAAACUCUAAGCUGACAACAACCUUCAUCCCUGUCUUUUAACCAUCCUCCUCCUGCUAAUGUCCUCCUCCCUCAUUUCUUACUUGUGGCAUUUACUCCCCCAUCAUCUUAACAUCCCCCUAGGAUCAUCCCACAUCUUUGCAAUCUAACGCAGAAGAUGUGAUUUAUUUCAAAGGACAUCAGAAGAGAGUGAUACUGAAGCCUCUAAGCCUGAAGCCCUCAUGUGUAGAAACUCUACCUACAAACUAGGAGAACAACCCUCUGUAAUGUGAAUGGGACUCAUAAUGCAUAGUGACAGCAUCAUCUAUGGAAAGAAUCAUCCAUACUGUGCCCUGCUCUCAGGACCCCUGCACUGAGCUGGAAACUUGGGGAGGUAGUGAGGUUUUCUUUGGGUGCUAUAAUGAAUAUCCUGUCUCUGUAGCACAUUUCUGCCUGUGAAUGCACAAAUAAAUCACAUUAAUGCUGGAUGGGAAACCAUAACAGUGAGCAUCGCCCCCCUGGAAGGAGACCCCUUGCUAAAGUACAUUAUCUUCAGUGUAAAGUUAUCCAGGCCCAGGCCUGCCUCUGGAUCCUGUCUCAGUGUUUCUUCCAGUGCCGCCGUGCUGAUUUUGGCAGCAGCUGGCGCAGCAGACUGGGGUCGUACAUGCGCCUGCCUGCACCCUUCACUGGGCAGGUAGCUGCUGGGUCAGCCACCACCAGCACAAGGGACCGGUGGGAGAAACUUGGUACCCAAAGACCAGAGAGGAGGAUGGGUAGGGGUGGAGUUUAGGAUGCUUUGGAUGGGAUCAGGUCAGUGUGGCAUGAAGACUCAAUAUGGAGUGGUUAUGACAUGCUGGAGCUUGACUGUAGACAUCCUCAAGACACACUACUGGGCCAUGUUAGAGGCCUGACACGGGUGACUUAAUUUUUUACCUUGCUCACUUUUUCCCUCCAAAAAUCAGCAAGAAUCAUUUUACUACUUGCUACAGAUCCUGUCCCUCUGCAGGAUCUCUAUCAGAGCCAAUCAAGACAUUUUGUUAAUGGCUUGGUAUGAGCUAUGUAAUGUCCAGUCCAUUUCCAGUUCUUGGUUUAAUGUAAUUUAUCGUGCGCUGGGUACACAAGCUGUCAAAAACAGCAGCCAGCAGUCACAGUUACUGAAAUCCACACUGACAGUGUGUCAGCAAAAGCCAAGAGAGACUGAGACUGUCCAAUUCCUCUCGAACCCUUUCUAUCAUCCAUGUAUUUUCUUAAUGCAGAGCUAAUCAUCUGCGAAACAUAUGCAAAUUGCUACAAAUUACAACAUACAUUUUAAUCCUGGCUUACAAAGCCAGAAGAGUUAAUACUGCAGGUCAGCCUAUACAAACAAUAUCCUACUUCAUCUCUACUAUUUAGCACAAGGUUUUCAAUUCAUUACAAUAAUUGAACAAUUCACUACUAAUUUCGGACACUUCAGUGCUGUGAUUGUUUAGUUUAGUUGAUUUCUUGUUUAUGUCACCAGUCAGGCUUUUUGUUUUAUUGCACAAUAUACGCUGUUGAGAAAACACUUUAAAUGGAUCAGUAUAGGGUCUAUAAUCUAGCAAUAUUAUCUACAAAUGUAUGUGGAGCGUUGUGAAACUAUAUUUCAAUCUGUACGUGUGUACUCGGGUACACAAAUCUCUAAAUGUGCAUACGACUGAAGUGUACUAAAAACUGAAUGUAAAAGGCCUUCUAUUAAUGAGGUAAAAGUCUUAGGCUUCAAGAGAUGGAAAAACAGAACAUUCUUCAGUUACGCCUUGGUACGCCUCUCAUGGCUGUAUUUUUAAAUAUUCACUCACUAAGUACACUUACAAAAUUUUAAAUACACAGAGAUUCAUGUACACGUUCACAAAUCUGAGUACAUAUGUACAGGCUGAGACACAGUUUCACAACUUUCAACACAACUCUCUUGUAAAUAAUAUUGCUACAAUAAACAACAUAAGGAGGACAUAAGAUGUGCUGUGGAUAUGAAACCAACACUUCUCUUCAUUGAUCAGUCUGUUCUCUGCUGGUGAAGCGGUGGAUAAUCCAGGGAACUCAAAUACCACUAAAACCAGCUGCUGUAUCGUUUCCCUCGCUGUGGUUUCUGUGGUUGCCAUAGUCACAUGGCGAGCCUGUGUGAUUAAAGUUGAAACCGCUGCAACCGCUGGCUGCUGAAAAGCACCUUUAUGGUAUAGGAGUUGAUCCUGAGAUGUGUAUGAAGUGUUUUGGUUGCAUUUUGGAUGUGUCAUUAACUGUUGCAAAGAGAACUGCGUGAAGAGUUUUGAAAAAGAGAACUUAGUAUGGAGAAAUGCCUGUAAGCAAUUGUAAAAAAAAAACUAGCAGACAGAAAGCCCUGUUGUGGCUGUUAAAGGCUUUGAGCAAUCCUCCUGGCCUCAGCAAGUCUUAUAUUCCUCUGAAUGAAAUAAAGAUGGAAAAGUCAGACACCUCAUCAGGUUUCAUGGACAGAGGGCAACAUGAGGUCAACGACUAGUGAACCAAUGGAGUUCACUGUGAAACAAGAGGCCGAUAGAAUGGUUUGAAUAUAAAUUGACAUGUUUCAAAUCACAGACUAGAUGUAGGUGGAGUGAAGUAAAGUGCACAGAGAGGACAUGAAAAAGGAGAGAGUAGGAGAGGGACCUUGCUAGCGUCAUGGAUUGCUCUCACUAAUAAACCCUGACUGACAUUAAAAGGCUGUACCCAAUUACUGGAUGGUAUCCCAGCCCUCACACAGACACACACACACACACACGUAUGUGCAGAUGUAUUCUCACAGAUAUGAACACACACACACAGUUAGAUUGUUCUAACUUCUAACUGUUCUGAUAUUUUUUUUUUAAUCACUGCUGAUAGUCAUAUUCAAUCAUUGUCCAUGCCAAAAUAAUACUACUACAACUUCUAUUUCUAUUAUAUAUACUGAUAAAAGAAACACUCUUGUAUUCCCACCAGACAAAUUUCUACACACACGUACACAUAAGUCAGAUUCCAUUGAAAUGGUCUGUGUUUUAGAGGCCGUGUCAUGUUGACCGGGCCUGUUGCCUUCCUGACCAACAUACUUUUACAUUCCAAAACAAAAACACACGAGUCACCUCUGCCUCCUCCCUCAUCUGCUUGUCCAUACGCCCCAGCCUCCCUGUCCUGUCCAUCACAAACACCCAGGGAAGAACUGCUGAGGCUGAUGCAUUUCUGACUGACAGACGGCCUGUCAGUCACCCUAGGAAAAAAACAUAUAGCUUGGGCCUCACUGAUCACUGUACAAAAGCACAACUUUAUAACUUUAUUCACUGAUUUUGGUGAAACUGGAUCAUAUUUUAUGAAUGAAUUCUGUUUUUUGUGUAGUCCUGAAUUGUUGGUGUCAGAGAAAUUACCUGUUAUAAAAUCGGGAUCAUCAUCUUGAAUAAAGAGGUUGACAGUCUCUGAUUUAAUAGAAAUUGUGACUGUCACAUCAGAACCAGAUUGACUUGAAUCUUUAUGUCAAUCUUUUAGUGGCAUGUAUUUUAGUAUCAUGCUAAGGAAUAAACUUGUGGCGUUCCUCCCCAGGACAGACUUACAUCUGCAAUGUAUUAACCCAACUUAGAUCACUGACUAACUGAUUGAUGGAUUGACUGAUUGACUGACUGAAUGAGUGACAAUGUUCAUCUCAGCGUUCACUGUCCUUUCUCCACCUCAGUUCCAGGCCCGGCCUUAUCCAUCCGUCUCAACACUCCCAGCUACAGGCUGCAGAUUAAAGCUGCUCUCAUCUGGAUCUCAUCAGUUUAGGCCGGCCUUGCCGUUUUAUAGGUUAUUUUUCAUUCAGGAGAAGGAGGGGGGAUCUUGGAGUGAUUUAGGGUUACACUGCAUGGAGGCUGGAGGAGAAUAAAAGCAACUUGUUGUCUUGAGGGGGAAGUGAAUGAGGCAGCAUGUUAAAUCCCCUCCGGUAACAGCAUGCAAUUUUUAGGACAGGAGUUGUGCAUUCUUCCCCUUUUUCUUCAAAUGCGUGUGAUAUUUGUUGCGUGGCUGUGCUGCUCCAGUUUCUGAGCCAUUUCCUCUCUGUUUUUCCAACUGUAAUGUCUGUAACAUGUGGUGGAUUGUUGUGGGAUGGCUGGACAAGUGUCAUUGCCAAACGCCAUAAAUCCAUUUUGAGAGAAAUAGUUGCCCAGUUUUCAUUGCACAAUGCCGUAUUUCAAAAAUACUGCAUCCACUGAACUGUUACGAGCUUACGUUACAAACGCAGAUACUGUAAAGGAGUUAAAAACUUGAGGUUAAGUAAUAGUUUUUAGUUGUUUAUUUAGUCAGGAUUCAAGUCCUGGCCAGGGAACAAAACAGGAAAUAAGCCAUAUCAGAAUAAGUAGUGCCUAAACUGCAGCUACUGUUCCAAAUAUAUUUAAGUUUAUCAGUGGACUUUUUUUUUUACUGUGGAGUGAAAACAAGAGAACAGACCAGAGGCCCUCAGACAGCUGGAGUGACAAUCUCCUGAAAUGUUUGCAAUAAUGCUUAGAAGUGUUUGCAGCAACUAUUCAAUAUAAAACUGGCUGCAAUGCAGAAACGGCAAAAGAAUGACCACAAAAAAUGAUUUGAUUGAACUCCAACUGUUGUGCAAGAUCCUGUGUGUCAGAAGUGCUUCAGAUGAGCGUCAAUUGACACAGAUUUACAAAGAUGACUGUGGACUGAUAGUUACACUAUUAUUAGAAGUUUGACAUUGUUUAUAAUAAUAAUAAUAGAGUUGUAGGCCUCUCUUAGUUACCAUGUUGUGAUGUAGGCUACUAAUAAGUAAAAUGUUAACUGGGCUUAGCUAUCAGUGCGACCGCUGUCCCUGCCUUUCGCUGCUUCGCUAUGUCUGGUCUGUAUGUUGAUACUUUGAGCUGCCUCUGAAUGAUCUGUUGUCAGCCGACUGUGAGACAUGGGAUGUCAUUGAUUUCCAAACUUUAAUCCACAGCCACACCUGUGCAUUUGUCAGUGCAACAGUUUGCUGGAUGUGUACAUUUUAUGCCAUUUCAUAAAUGCGCCUCUCAACCUUGCUAGUGGACAGAGGCAAGUCUUUAGUCCCGGAUAUGAUGAUGUCUUUAUUCGGCAGUCCAUCAAACUAAACCUCUGCACUGACAAAAGCCUCCUUUAUGUAUUCUCCAUCUUUAUGCUAAGCUAAGAUAACUGGUUGCUAGCUGUAGCUUCAUAUUUACCAUACAGACAUGAGAGUAGUAUUAAUCUUUUCAUCUAACUCUUUGCAAGAAAGCAAAUCAGUGUAUUCCCAAAUGUCAGACUAUUCCUUUAAUGAUGACAGGCUGAAGGGCUGGCCCUGCUGAUGUGAAAAUGGUGGUAGAAAUACAAACAUCGGAUUAUUUUUUCUUUUUUUCAGGAGGAAAUGCUGUGACGGAUUCAGACAUGGAUGUGUGUGCAGCGUCGCCCUGCGAGCAGCAGUGCACUGAUAACUUUGGACGAGUUGUCUGCACAUGUUACCCCGGCUAUCGCUUCGACCGAGAAAGACACCGCAACCACAAAUCUCCUUACUGUUUGGACAUUGAUGAGUGUGAGCACCCGGACAGCAACAUGUGUGACCAUGAGUGUGUGAACACAGUGGGCAGCUUCCUGUGUCGCUGUCGCAGCGGCUACAUACUCGCAGCCGACCAACACUCCUGCAUCCCUGUACACAACUUGAGUUCUUCGGGGAAGUCAGACACCUUGAUGAGUGCUGGUACCUGUUCGUUCACCUGUCAGGAUUUUAUGAACAUGAAAAACAGUCUGCUGCAGCUAAAACUGAGGCUGGGCAACACACAGCCACCCAACCAGGUACCUGGCCUGGCCAACAGCAGUGACAAGCCGUCUCUGGGGAGGGCAGGAAAAAGUCCUGAUAGCCCUUGUCUUCCUGGUCUACCUGGUCCUCCAGGAGCUCCUGGAGUCCCAGGACACCCAGGAGAACCGGGAGAGAGGGGGGGCCCAGGAGAGAGGGGCCCACAUGGCCCUCGGGGUCCACGGGGAGACAUGGGACCCAUGGGUCCAGAGCCUGACCUGAAGCACAUCAAAAGAGGCCGCAGGGGGCCAGUGGGACCCACAGGGGCACCAGGAAGAGAUGGACUAAAGGGUGACAGAGGAGCUGCAGGUCCCAGAGGUCCACCUGGACCACCCGGCUCCUUCGACUUCCUUUUGCUAAUGAUGGCUGACAUCCGCAAUGACAUAAUUGAACUGCAGGAGAAGGUGUUUGGGGAGCGCCGAGGCAUCACUCUGGACAGUCCUCCUCAUUCCAGUGGGGAAGUGGAAUUUGUAGACUGGGGCUCUGGACAAGGAGAUCUCAUGCUCAAUACCUGACGUUUGACAUGCCACCCAGACUAACAGUCACUCAAACACAGAAAAACUUGACUCUUUGUUUCUUUCUUGAUCAAGGAUGCUGGUGGUCAAAGCGCCAACGUGUAAAUAAUUCCUAACCUCACAGCAGGGAUGAACUGGGCAAGGAGCCUUGAUUACACUCUCAACGCUGCCACACACAGUAAAACAGAAAGAUACACAAAUUAUAUAAACAUAAAUUGGACCACAGACUCUCUUAACCACUGCAAGCACUGUCUGGCUGCAUUUCAUAUGCUGUGGUGUGAGUGAGGGAUGUGUGUGCAGGACAUAGAGUGAAAAAGACGCAGUGUGUGCCUUUAUGUCUGUGCCUCUGAGCUGAACCACUUGAAUUUUUAUCGUCUACAUCUCUUCCUGUUCCUUAGUCUGUCCAUGGAAGCUCUGCUGCCAUUGACAGUUUGCCUGCAGGGUGUUAGUACAAAGACCCAGGACCCGCACUGUGAGCCUCCCUGGCAUGUCUGCAGUAUCCAGCCCUCAAGUCUGAGCGCUGCAGCCAAUCUCUACUCUGAGGCAUGUUCAAAAACAAAUUCAUGAGAUUCAUGAGUAUUACAAUCCCAAUCCUGUACUGUUGGACAAAAACAGUAAUGCCUGAUGUAUUUUUGAAAUUGUACAAGUAAACAACUCAAGUUCAAGAAUAGGGGGAAAAAACCCUGUUGCUGCAAUAUGUUCAUCUAAAUAUAAUCUAAGAGAGAUGUUAAAAAUGUAACACAUUCAAUAUUUUGACUGUACAUUUUAAAUAAGUAGAAUCUGCUGGUAUCUGCUGCUUAGAAAUAACAUGCAGUAUUAAAUAUUACACUAAAAGGUUGUAGACAAUCAAACAUUUGAAUUAAAAGAAUCAAAUGGAUUUAUGCAUUGGGAAAGGUCCAGGGAGGCAGAGAAUCAUUUUUUAAAAUCCCUUUUAUAACCCAUAUAUUAUCAGGCAAGUUGAUGUGAACAUAUUAAUUAGAGAAAUGGCUUGAAGGGAACAGUUUCAUGGGGACGGGGGUUGCACAUAUUCUCGUACUUUCACUUGGGAGUUAACCAGAAAUAAGAGACAGCUGCUUGAAAGUUUAUUUUUACUGUGAAGCAGCUGCCAAUAAGGGCUAACUCAAUAAAGGUUUGUCUUAAUCUAGAUUGUCUAAAUCUACAUUUGAACCUUUUAAUUUUUAUUUUGCAAGUUUGUAAAGAAGUAAUAAACAUUACAUAUUCUGACGAAGCAUGGCAAAAUGAGUGCAUCAAAAAAUAUAGUAUUGUCUUGUGCCAUGCAGUUCAGUUUUCAUUUAUGAGCAAAAACAAUAAAAUGAAGAAGAUGGAGCAAUAAAUUAACCAAUUAAAGGAAUAGUUUGACAUUUUGGGAAAUAUGAUUUGCUUUCUUGCUGAGAGUUAGAUGAGAAGAUACCACUCUCAUGUCUGUCCAUUAAAUAUGAAGCUACCAACAACCACCGGUUAGCCAAGCUUCACAUAAAGACUGGAAACAGCUAAAGUUUGUUUUUUGCAAAAACAAACGAGAUAUAUCCAACAGAUAUGGUGUGUUAAUUAGCGGAGUUGGUAGGUGAAUUUUGUUGACUUUGGACAGAGCCAGGCUAGCUGUUUCCAGUCUUUAUGCUAAUGUUAAGCUAAGCGAACCAGCUGCUGGCAGUAGCUUUAUAUUUAUCGUACACAUACGAUAGUGGUAUUGAUCUUCUCAUCUAGCUCUAGAGCGAAAGUUUACUAAUUGACAUAUUGUAUCUUGUUUGUUGAAUCCGCUCAAAAAACCUUCAGAGGAGCUUUAGAGGCGCCGGUAGGCAGAUUUUGUUCCUUUCAACAGAGCCAGGCUAGCUGUUUCCCCUGUUUCUAGUCAUUAUGCUAUGCUAAGCUAACUGUCUCCUAGAUCCAGCUUAUGUAACAGACAUAGGCCUAUAAAAGAGCAGUAUCAGUCUUCUCUGCAAGAAAAGUGACUAUGCACAUUUCCCAAAAUGUUGCUCUAUACCUCUAACUUCCCACUAUAGAUCAAGUUGAAUCUUGAUCUAUAGUGACUUUGCAGUCAUGUUAACACUUCUACAGUUCAUUCAGCUAAACUGGAGAUAUCAUAUAGCCGUCAGAAAUGUCUCAUAUCUCCUACUCGCAAUUACAACUAAGGGGCUGAUGUGAUGUUUUUUUCCCACUUGGCUGCGCAUGUUUAUGAUUUAUACAAUAUGAUGUGAAUGCUGCAUUAACAUGAUCAACGAUACCCUAAAUGAUCUGUUGGAAAUGCAGUGCAGUUCACCACUAUAAAACAUUCAUUAAUUGAUUUGCAAUAGUUCAAAGAGCUGCAUGUAAGUGUUGCAGUUUGGGGAUUAUGUAACCUUCAGCCAGGAUCAGCAGCUCCUAUAUGUUUAUAUGUCCAUGGAAGCACAGUUGAGACCAUGCUCUCUGUAAGGGAACUGAUGGUUUCUUGUUGUACACUACAGCUAACAUGUGCAAUGUAUACAGUGGACAGCUCAAUUAAAUCAGUUGGGGCUUUAAUGUCUUGAUCAAAGGAAUUUUAAUGUUGGCCAAAGAGGGAGAGAUGAGACCUGCAUUUAUCUGUGGCAUCCAUGAACCAUGAAUGCCAUAAGCAGGCAACAGCUCCCCAGAGACUGAAGGUCAUCAAUUCAAAUCCCAAAAUGAGCAGGGAUUUACAACCCAAUUUGCACCAGUAGCACUGCUGGCGCUCAGUAAACCUUGGACAAAUAAAGGUUUAAAAAAAGCAAUUUUUUCUGACCACCCUGUAUUCCUGCUACUAAAUAACAUUUUAAUCUGCACUUCUGCUACCUGAAGUGAAGCGUCUCCACCAGCAGAGGGUGCUAAAUCACAGAUAAUCCCCUGAAAGUUCCUCACCACUGUAUCGCUCUGAAUAUCAACCAGGUGAGACAACCAAAGCUGCAGUGAAUUUUCACAGCACUACAUCCUCAUAUAAUUACCAACCAUAAAUAUACAUAGUUUUGCCAAACAUGCAAGUUAUAGAAAACAACACAUGCCCCCACUCAUUAUCCUCAGCACGCACUGUUGAACUGUAGCGUGGCUGGGUUUAUGAAAGGUGUGUCAGAGGUUAGAGGUCAAAUGCCUGGGUAUAAACAGCUGGAGGGAUAAUUAAAGACCACAGGCUGUCAGAGGGGCCUGUCUGGUCUCGUACCCACCACCAAGACAUGGUUGAAAGAUAACACACUGCGUGUUUGAUCUGCUGUGGUGGAGUUCACACUGUCUGGCCUUUUGCUGCAUUUAAUGCUUUGCUUUGUUCUUGAUGAACAGAUCUCAGUAAAUUCUGCUGUGCUUCGGUG